UUCGGCGGGCUGCAAUUUGGAUAAAUGAAGCGGCCAUGAAGCUCUGUUGGAAAUUUUCGGUGACGGCAUCGGGCUCCUGGCCCAUAUCGACUUAUAAAAGAACGGCUGGCGACCGUCGAAAACCGGGUAGCUGGCGAUGCCAUCAAUCUCCACCGCGUCCCGCCAGUUCAACAUUCCCGGUUCAGCUCAUUAGUCAGGCAAUCACCUAGAAAGCCUCAUCUACACCUCACAAUAACCGAAAAUGGGCAUUCUCUCGCAUCUCACAGUCCUGCUGGCCGUGGCAUUGCCAUCGCUUGCUGCCCCUACCCCCGACGCCGCAGAAGCCUCAGGGCCCUCGGUGCAGCCCCGGAUCACCAGCAUCACCUACUCGGGUAACGGCUGCCUAAGAGAUCCCCGGCACUCGGGCGGCCUCAACGACGCAACAUUCACAUACGACAACUUCUGCAUGGCCCUGCCCGGCGGCAACCAGACGCUCAACUGCGAGGUGCACCUCCAGGCGACUGGGGUCGGCAGCGGUUGGCAGUUUGCAUUGAGCCGCAAUCAGGUCAAGGGCUUCGUUUCUCUCGGCCCCGGAACCCAAUUAACCCACUUCACUACCGUGUACUUCAGCCAGAACGCCGGCAACACGGGCACCCUCCGCGGAUCUAUUGAGAACAACGGGGGAUCGACUAUUCAUCAGGACGUAACUCUUGUGAGCACCGCCGGCAACAACAAGGUGUGGUCGCAGUGCACUGGCAGCGACGGCUACACUGGCAUUCUGAACGUCAACUUCCGCGGUGCCCUGAGCGGGGAUAGCAAGGCAUACUUUGAGGCGAACACGGAGAACUGGGAUAUUGAAUGGAGGCGGUGCUAAAGGGGCUCGUGAAUCUGGAAGGCAUUUUCUUGUGAUGAUAGAGAGGGAUGGAAAAGAUUAAGAGGGGUUGGCAUCAGCGUGGAUGGGUGCAGCGCAGCGAAAAGUCCCAGAGCCGGGCAUGUUUAAGUUACCAGUGCCCAGAUAUUUAAUUCAACAAUGCAGUCAUGCUUUACAAACCAUCCCAUCGCUCUCUAAAUCUCUUC